AGCCAAUACUUGUUCUACACCAAACUACAAGAUCGCCACUAAAAUGUCUAUGAACGAAUCUGACUGUACCGUCCUACGGGAUGGCUUCCCUAGACCCUUUCCCAACACCCCUACCAAUGUCUUGGAGCAAUUCAAGAUGACUGGCAAGGUGGUUGUCGUGACUGGUGGCGCUGACGGUAUUGGCUAUGCUGUUGCGGAGGGAAUGGCCGAGGCCAACGCUCAUGUCGUGUUAUGGUACAACUCGAAUGAUGUAGCUAUCCAGAAAGCCCAAGAUCUCGGGACAAAACACAAUAUCAAAACUGCUGCUUACAAAGUCGACGUAUCCGACGCUGACUCCGUGCAAAAAUCAGUAAAGCAAGUCGUAGAGGACUUUGGCAGGAUAGACGUCUUCGUUGCUAAUGCGGGAAUGGCUAUCAGCAAGCCAAUCCUGGAACAGACUCUCCCCGAAUUCGACAAACAAAUGUCCGUGAACGUCAAUGGCGUUGUCUACUGCUCCAAACACGUCGGCGAAGUCUUCAAGCGCCAAGGCAACGGUGUUCUCAUCAUCACCUCUAGUAUGAGCGCACACAUCGUCAACGUCCCUGUUGACCAGCCUAUCUACAAUGGCACUAAAGCAUUCGUGACGCAUUUUGGCAAGUCUUUAGCUCGCGAGUGGAGAGAAUUCGCCCGCGUCAACAUUGUUUCGCCCGGUUUCUUCGAUACCAAGAUGGGAGCUGGUCCACUGGCACUCAACGAAGCUUAUCGUAUGUCGGUGCUCGGCAGGCAGGGCCAUGUGAAGGAAAUCAAGGGCUUGUAUCUGUAUUUGGCCAGUGACGCUUCCACUUAUACCACUGGAUCAGACAUAAUUAUUGACGGUGGUUAUGUACUUCCUUAGUGUUCAGGAAUGCCGAGAUACAAACUUCCCAACUUGUUAUCCUUCAAAUGUAUCUUGGGGAAACCAAUCGCCGAACAGGGUGUCCAUAGGUGUAUUAUCGAGGUAGCCCCAUGGAGUAUUAUCCAGAAUCAUCCUCAUCGUAGGAUCUGAUCCAUCAUCGUUCAGUGUCCAGGCGCCCAUCGACAGAUCCCCAUCACCAAGAGUCUGUAGAUCCACCGGUAUUUGUGAUGUCUCAGUAUCAAGUACUGGGGUUUGGAGCGCAAUUGGGGCUUCUUCAACAAGCUCGGGCACAGUGAGAACAGUUCGCCGAGUGUUCGCUGCUGUUUCUGCCCUUCUGUUUAUGAGUUCCAGCACCUCCAAGCACCUCUUGGCUGAUCUGCUCCUGCUUGAGAAAGUCACCAAACAACUUUGCGCUUUGUAGACCAUCAUUCGCCAGUCCGUCGUCUCGUUAUCGAGCUUGUCAUGGGCCUCGCGGUCAAGGUAGCUCGCUUCAAGAACAAGGGCGGCUUGGAACAGAAAGUAUGUGGCAUACCAGACAAUGCCCAGAUGCAGGAUACCCUCAUUUGCACUGCAGAAAGUGGUUAUGUCGUUUAUGCUUUGCAUAGCAGCAUCAAGACAGCGUGUCUCGGCAUUAGUCUUGUUGGGGAGAUAUGGAUGGCUCCGCUUGCUUCCACGCCAGAGGAUAAUUCGCAGGUUCUGCUCCUUCCACAAAACAACAGCCCGUGGACCAGUGAACCAUACUGGGACGUCUACAGAAGUAAAGUACUGUGGGAGCCGCUGCCGCCAAUCGGUGAGGGUUUGCUCUAUGGUCUCGGCGACUUGGUACUCGACUUUCGUGUUUGCUGUUUUCGCUGUGAGAUAUUCGAGAUAUAGGGAAUUUGCGUGCUUGGCGAGUUCUGCUUGUGCGAUGAUGGCGGAUAGUGUCGUUGGCGUGUUGACUUCAGGAGGCACUGGCAUGGUGGGUUCAAGAUCCUGUUGUUGUUAGCAUAUCAUGCUUAACGUUUCUUUUUUAAGCAAAGCCAUCGAAGUUUGAUUACCUUAUCGUCGAC